AUGACACAUAUAUACAUGGUGGAGAGAGAGGUAAAGGAGAAACUUGGAAGCAUGGGGAGGAUAUCGGAUCUUUCAGGGGAUUUGGUAGGGGAGAUACUCUCUAGGGCUCCAUUGACAUCUCUGAGCGCAGUGCGAUCCACUUGCAAAAGUUGGAACGAUUUAUCCGAAAAUCAGAUCUUUGGUAAGCAAUUGCUAGGGUUCAUGGUGAUGGAUUCAAUUCAACCGGAUCUCCGCCACGGCUUGGCUGUAAAUACUGUAAGUAUGUUCAAGCAAGUCGAGAUAACCAGAGUGUAUCACUGCGACGGUCUAUUGCUAUGCGCCGGCGUCAGAAACAACACGAGGUCCGUGGUGGUGUGGAACCCGUACUUAGGGCAAACCCGGUGGAUCCAACCCAUAAACGAAUUCGCCGAAUUCGACAUGUUUGCUCUCGGAUACAGCAGCAACAACGUUAAGAGCCGCGAGCACAAGAUGCUAAGGUUCUUGGAUUGGUUUGACGGAGAGAAACAAUUCCAACACAGCUAUUUCGAAAUGUACUGUAUCGAAUCUGAUUCGUGGAGGGUUCUUCAUGUCAAUCCCGAGUGGUCGAUACAUUUCCAGCAACGCGGCGUGACAGUGAAGGGAAACACUUACUUGGUUGCUCAAGACAAGUCAACGCCAACGAUACCGAUGGACACAGAGGUUGGAGUUUGGCUACUCUGUUUUGAUUUUACGACAGAGAGAUUUGGACCUCGUCUUCCUUUGCCGACUCACUCGUACUGUUGGUUUACAGAGACCUUGGCUCUGUCUGGUGUUGGAGAUGAGCAGCUCGCUUUGCUAUAUCAAUCUCCCACUAGUAAAAUAAUGGAUUUUUGGAUUACUACUAAACUCGAGCCCAAUGCGGUUUCAUGGAGCAAGUUUUUGAGAGUGGAUACGCGAUUGCUCUCUGGUUUUCCAGCUAAUUUCUGUGCUGGGAGCUUCUUCGUUGACGAGGAGAAUAAGCUCGCUGUGGUUUCCUAUUUGCCUAAAUCCUAUCUACGUGAAUAUGAACCCAUGGAGACUUGUCGCCACCUAGCCUCUUUGUAUAUCGUUGGAGAUGGUCAUGAUGGUGGAGACUUCAAACCUUUGAAUAUUCGACAAUCUACCAAAUCCCUCGGAUACUUCAACGAAUUUUCCUUCUCUUGUUAUGUUCCAAGUUUGGUUCAAAUCAACCAACGCGGCAAGAAAAGGAAACACGGAGGUUUUUAA